AUGAGAACAAAGACGAGAGGACGAGAAAAGCAUGAGACGGAUGAGGACAAAGACGAGACGAACGAGAAAAAGACGAGAGGACGAGAACAAAGACGAGACGGACGAGGACAAAGACGAGACGGACGAGAACAAAGACGAGACGGACGAGAACAAAGACGAGACGGACGAGGACAAAGACGACGAACGAGAACAAAGACGAGACGGACGAGAACAGACGAGACGGACGAGGACAAAGACGAGACGAACGAGAACAAAGACGAGGAGGACGAGAACAAAGACGACGGACGAGGACAAAGACGAGACGGACGAGAACAAAGACGAGACGGACGAGAACAAAGACGAGACGGACGAGGACAAAGACGAGACGGACGAGAACAAAGACGAGGAGGACGAGAACAAAGACGAGACGAAUGA